AUGCAGCAUGUGCAGGCGCGACAAAGUAACAGUAGACUAUCUCUCGCUUCUACUACGCCCAAUUUGGAUCAACAGUCCACCAGAGAUUCUCAAGAGGUUCAUUUGCUGAUAGAUAGUGGUAGUCCCGCCCACCAGUCGGAGGAGCCGACGGAGGCAACUAGCUCAUCUCCGAUAGAGUUCAGGUCAGGAGUAGAUCAGUCUAAGCUAGAGGGGGCUAUCCCGGAGUCACCGGAACGGCAGCCUCUUUGCCCCUUGUUGCUACACCCCGAGUUCACCCUAUUAGGAAAUGUAGAUUGA